AUCACAAUGCCUGGCCAUUGGUCGCGGCGACGGCGCGUCGCUAAGCCCCGCCCCCGCAGCCCGGCGGGCUAUAAGAGCGGCGCCGGCGCACCCUCCGCGCCUUUAGUCCCGGGUGUCUGAGAGGAGAAAGAUGCAUCGACUCCGCUCACGGGCCUCCACGGGGAUUUCUGCCUUCGCCGCCGGUUCGUCCUCCGCCUGCUUUCGCCAAUCACCUCCGCUGCCCCGGACCGGGAAAUCGGCCUCGCAGAGGCGUUGGAGUAAAAAGCGGUCCUGCUCUUCCAUCGGCUGAUUGUCGCUGAUUCCCGGGCGGGGGGGAGCAGAGAGACCGAGACCCGGAGAGGGGCCGCGGGAGCCGAGCCGAGCGCCGCUGCGACCAUGCCCAAGCCUAAGAAGCGGGGGAGCAACCACCAGCGCGGAGCCGGUGGUCAGCCCAGAAACGUGCAGCCUUUUAGUGAUGAAGAUGCUUCAAUUGAAACUAUGAGCCACUGCAGUGGCUUCAGUGAUCCUGCUAGCUUCACUGAGGAUGGGCCUGAAGUUGAUGAAGAAGCCACUCAAGAAGACUUAGAAUACAAACUGAAGGGAUUUAUUGAUCUUACAUUGGACAAGAGUGCGAAGACAAGACAAGCAGCUCUUGAAAGUCUGAAAAGUGCUUUUUCUUCUAAAAUACUAUAUGAAUUUGUCAUGGAAAGGAGAAUGACACUAACUGAUAGCAUUGAACGCUGCAUAAAGAAAGGUAAGAGUGACGAACAGUGUGCAGCUGCCGGACUGGCAUGUCUUCUGUGUGUACAGAUGGGGUCUGGAAUUGAAAGUGAAGAGAUUUUUAAGACCCUUGGUCCAGUUCUGAAGAAGAUUGUCUGUGAUGGAACAGCCAGUAUCCAAGCCAGACAGGCUUGUGCAACCUGCUUAGGGAUUUGCUGUUUCAUUGUCACUGAUGACAUUACGGAACUGUACUCUACUAUGGAAUGCCUGGAAACCAUCUUCACAAAGGCCUAUCCGCGAGAUAGAGACACUAAUGGUGUAUCGAGUACCCAUAAUACUGUGCUUCACAUCAGUGCUCUUUUAGCAUGGACACUGUUGCUGACCAUUUGUCCAAUGAAUGAAGUGAAGAAGAAAAUUGAAAUGCACUUGCAUAAACUUCCAAGUCUGCUGUCUUGUGAUGAUCUCAACAUGAGAAUAGCUGCUGGAGAAACACUAGCACUUCUGUUUGAACUGGCACGCGAAACAGAUGCUGAUUUUUUUUAUGAAGAUAUGGAACUUCUAACAGAGAAACUAAGAGCUCUGGCUACAGAUGGAAACAAGCACCGAGCCAAAGUAGAUAAAAGAAAGCAGCGGUCUGUCUUCAGAGAUGUUCUACGAGCUGUCGAGGAGCGUGACUUUCCUGCAGAGAUGGUUAAGUUUGGACCUGAGCGCAUGUAUAUUGACUGCUGGGUUAAAAAACAAACUUAUGAUACCUUCAAGGAGAUUCUGGGGUCGGGGAUGCAAUAUCAUUUGCAGUCAAAUGACUUUCUUCGGAAUGUGUUUGAGCUUGGUCCACCAGUAAUGCUAGAUGCUGCAACUCUUAAAACAAUGAAGAUCUCCCGUUUUGAAAGGCACUUGUACAACUCUGCAGCAUUCAAGGCUCGGACAAAGGCUAGAAGUAAAUGUCGUGAUAAAAGAGCAGAUGUGGGGGAAUUUUUCUAGAUCUUUUCCAUGGGGUUCAAUUUUCAGUAUUUCAUAAUUAAAAUAGAUUUGUAACCUUGAAUUUUUUAAAUUUCUGUAGUCACAGUUGGCACUUGUGCAUAGGGAUUUUGUAUAAAAUCUGUAAAUAUCAUGCAUGUUGUUGCUUAGUUGCAUAUAUACUGUAUAUAGAUUGAUGUAAGAUUGAGUGCUGGGAUACAUUAUAACACUUGUUUUAGCUGCAACUUGCUCCAAAGGCUAAAUAUAUUGUAACUCAACUGUUAAGUGGGGUUGGUAAUUGUAGUCAAAUUCUGUGUGUCAGAUUGGAUUCUUUAUAUGAAGGCAAAUUAAACUCAUUCACUGGCCAAGUGUUUUGGUAAGAAUGUGCUAAUAUGAAAAGAUGAACUUGUUCGUGUGGAGUUACUUUAGUAACUUUUUAAACUCUUCAGUGACAGGUGGGCAAAGAAGUUUCUACAUAGUACAGCUUUUUCCUAAAGGGGACUGCAAAGUUCAAUUACCUUCACUUAUAGUGAAACAGUGCAUUACAAAUACUUGCCUCAAUGUAAAAUAAAACCAAGAUUCUUAUGUUCUGAAAUUGGAUCUUUAAUUUUUGGAAUAAAGAUGUUUGUCACUGCUUGA